AUGUCAGAAAAUAUAAAAAAGUGGAUUUUUUUUUUUGCCGGUAUAUCGAUGGCUUUAAGUAUCCGAUAUGAACCGAAUUGGAAAUCUUUAGAUUCACGACCGCUUCCAGCAUGGUACGAUGAAGCAAAAUUCAGUAUAUUCAUCCACUGGGGAGUAUUUUCUGUACCAAGUUACUCUCCGAAUCACGAGAGUGCAUGGAUUUGGUGGUACUGGAAAGGUCAAAAACUACCAUGGAUUGUCGAUUUUAUGGAGAAGAAUUAUAGACCAGAUUUCAUGUAUGCAGACUUUGCUAAAGACUUUACAGCUGAGUUUUUUGACGCCAAUGAAUGGGCGAAUAUAUUUCAGGCAUCUGGUGCCGAGUAUAUGGUUUUCACUGCUAAACAUCACGAAGGUUUCUGUAAUUGGCCCACUAACCAUUCCUUUAACUGGAAUUCUAUGGCAGUUGGACCUAAAAGGGAUAUCGUAGGUGAACUGGCGGCAGCAAUUAAAAGUAACACAUCUCUUCAUUUCGGUUUAUAUCAUUCUCUAUUUGAAUGGUUCCACCCUCUUUAUUUAAGAGACAAAGAAAAUAAGUUUACUACCCAAGAUUUUGUUUUCGAUAAAACUUUACCGGAACUUUAUGAAUUGAUAAAUGAUUACAAACCUGAUGUCAUUUGGUCUGAUGGGGCCUAUGGUGGAAGCCCAGAAUAUUGGCAAUCCUUGGAAUUCCUUGCAUGGCUUUACAAUGACAGCCCGGUCAAAGAUACAGUAGUUACUAAUGAUAGAUGGGGAUCUGGUUCCAACUGUCAUCAUGGUGGAUUCCUGACCUGUUCUGACAGAUACCAACCAGGGCAUUUACUGAAAAGAAAAUGGGAGACUGCUGUUACCGUGGAUAUGAUUUCAUGGGGAUAUCGACGAAACGCAGUAUUCGAUAAUUAUAUUUCAACUAGGGUGGCUCUGAGCACAUUAGUUCGAACAGUAAGCUAUGGGGGUAACAUGUUGAUGAAUAUAGGACCGACAUCAUCUGGAACAAUUGCUCCUAUAUUUGAAGAAAGACUACGAGAUAUGGGAGCAUGGUUAUCUGUUAAUAAUGAGGGUAUCAAAGGAACUCGACCGUGGACACAUCAGAACGACACGAUUGCGAGAGGUCUUUGGUAUACUAAAAAGGGUACCAAUGUGUAUGCCAUAUCAUUUUACUGGCCCGACAACUCUACACUAAGCUUGGGUGCUCCUGUAACUACACCAACGACAACAGUCACGAUGUUGGGAUAUUCGGGCACAAUCUCGUGGAAAGCCAGACCUACCAGUGGUAUUGAUAUCACUCUUCCACCUAUACCAUUCAAUAAGUUACCUUGUCAAAACGCAUGGACAUUUAAAAUGAGUGGUCUAUCUAAUAUAGAAUAA